GCUGAACUUCUUGUGUCUCUGCUCUAUCACACAAGAGGAGCUUCACACCAUGUUUGUUCCGGCUCUGCUCACCUGUAUUGUGCUGAGAACAUUCAUUGCUCAAGCAAAAGUAGCUGAUGACUUUCAUUGCAAUGAAUUUUUCUACAGAGAAACAGAACCAGGGGGAAUGGAUCAGAAUGCCAAGAAAAUCUGUCAGUUUACAAACGGCGCAGGCCCUUACUACGCUACGCUGUACUCGAUUCAUCACAAGAUUCCUCUCUACAGCGCCUACAGAUUUGACGUUGCAUGCUUCGAUGACAGAGGAAGGCUGGGCUACUGGUAUUUAGAGCCACAGAUUUCCAAACCUGAUGAAGAAAGUCGAUACUCUAUGGUUCGUGAGACUGUAGCUUCGAAAAGGGCUUAUAAGGACAGUCAAGCCACCAGUGAUGACUACAGUGAAACGGGAUAUGACCGCGGACACCUGAACCCCAGCAGCUUCCAGUGCGGUGAGGGCCGUAUAGCAACGUUCACGCUGACCAAUGCAGCACCUAUGGAUGCGUGCUUCAACCGUAAUCAAUGGGCAAAUUGGGAAAAAAAUUUGAGGACUUUUUUAAGAGACAAACUUACAAGUGAAAGUGCCACCGCCUACAUUGUCACAGGUACAGUACCUAAUGUGAACCUACGGAUACCACAAAGCGAAAUCUCAGACGACCCCGCGAGGGUGACGGUGCCCUCUCACAUCUGGACGGCUGUCUGCUAUAAGCACAACUUUGAUGAUAGAAGGUCUUUUUCCUUUGGGUAUAUGGGGCAAAACAAGCCGGAAGGCAGCAUAAGUCUGAUGAGUGUCUCAGACCUGAACACACUCAUAAAAGAUCUCUAUGAUCAGCCGUCAGAAGUUCACAUUUUUGUGGACGAUUGCUUUCAUGACAAUAAUAAAUUAGAUGACGUUAAGGUCAAAUUUCAGACAUUAAUCAGUCAACAAAGCAAGGAAGAGUCAGGAGUCCAAAUGAGCUCAGGCACGCAAAACACGUAUCUCGCAUUAAAAAGGGCUGCCGACAGUAACGUCGUAUCUGAAAAGAAAUUCAAGGUGAGUGAGAUGACAAUAAAAUUAUCCUUUGACACCAUAAGCACUUACUACAACGCAGAAAAGGAUCUGAAGGUUUCUGGAAGUGCUUGUCUUUUAACUCAUGUGAAACCACUAGCAAGCAGUCAUCUCAGAAAAAGGGACAUAUCAGGAGCGUCGGAUGCUGUUGAAUGCCUGCUGGUCCCAGAGAAGCAAAUGACUGCAGCUGACGGAUCGCCCUGCUCCAAAUACUCCGACACUAAAUACAGCUGCACAUGUGAGACGAAUGGAAAAGUCAAGUCCUGCUGCUCCACUCCCUGCCUGUACCAGUACAAUCUCAAUUCUUACAGAUGUUACUCGGGCCAGACGCAGAUCGAGUGCUCAGCCCGGUACUCACUCGUCACUCACAAAGGAGAGAAGUGCUUGGAUGAUCACCCAUGUGGAACCUACGGCUACGACUACUACUGGUGCAAGACCAUCUCUGGCAGCUGGGACUACUGCAGCCCUCCGCUGUGGAGAAGUAAAGCUCAAAACGGGAAGUACUGCCGCAGUGACCAUGCCUGCGCCAAAUAUGGUUCAGGAAAAAUGUGGUGCUACACGGACAAUGUCGGCAAUUCUGAAGAGUGCUGUACUUCUGAUGACUGCUACUCGGCUGUGAACGGCCAAACCUGCAGACCUGGUCACGAGUGUGGCUACCACGGGUACAGUUACCUGUGGUGCUACACAGACUAUGAAGACCACUGGGCUGCCUGCUGCAGGUCGUGUUGAUGAUGGGGGUUUACAAUCUGUGGUUCGAGUAUAACUAAAGCAAAAUUGUACUGUUAGCUCUUACUAACAAAGAAGAUAUCUCACAUAAAAAAUAAAGUCUCUCGUGUGUGCUUCUGAUUAAAAUGCUUAAGCUUAAAAGCAUAUGUAUGUAAAAACAACAAAAAAAAAAACAUAAUAAAAUGUGUAUUUCAACAAAACAGCUUUACGGAAAUUU